UCCUCUCUCUCACCUGCUGUAUUGGGUAUUGGGUGUGUGUACGUGCUUACACACAUGUAUCUGAGCUGUGCGUUGCUGAUAUAGGAAGGAUAACGGCUAUGGCAGGAUCUGCGCAAGAAGAGUACGUGAAGACCCGCGAUGGCGACAUUGUCUUCAAGAAAGCUCACGUCCACGGCUUGCACAACCUAUUUCUCAUGGGAAGGAGCAUCAUCAUGCCAGGGGUAAUCAUCCGCGGAGAACUACAGGAGAUCCGAAUAGGUCGGUACUGCGUCGUUGGCGAAGGCACCGUCAUCCGACCAGCUUACAGGAUUGAACAAGAGGAGUCUAACCUCAAGUGUCGCUUCACCCCGCUAUCUGUGGGUAGCCACACCUAUAUCGGCAAGUCCUGCGUCGUAGAAUCGGCUGGCAUUGGGUGCAACGUGCGGAUCGAGGAUGGAUGCGUUUUGGGACGGAAUAGUUUUGUUAGGGACAACUGCCAUCUGUUGCCGGGGACGGUUCUUCCUGAAGGGGCCGUGGUCCCCCCCUUUACUGUGCUCCAGGGCUGCCCGGCGAGGAUGGUGUCAGUGCUACAUGAGAGCACGCCGUCGGUGUGGACGGAGGACGCCGUGAACUUCUACGAAACUUUCGAGCCGAGCGCUGUUGUGACACCCAAAUGACCCUUGCCUGUGGCCCGUAUCUCCCCCAAACUUUUUUGAACGCACGCCCACAAUGCCAAUUCCAGCUCUUUCUCGUGGCUAUGUAUGUGUGUGACGUUGCAGUGCGAGCUCUGUCUACGACGCUGUUGUUUGAUCUGCAGCCUCCAUGCCGAUGUCUGUUCGCGAAACAUGCCGAACAAUUGUUUAUGUUCACCUUUAGUAUCACAAUCUCUGCCUAGAAACUUGCCCGGUCUGUUCAGUGUCCACCGCAGUUCAUGUGGCCAUGGAUUUUGUUUGACGGGAAGCGAGUUCACUCUGUGUGUAGAUCUUUCUUCUGGUGAUUUCCUGCCCGAUUCGGUCUCACGUUCUUUUACUUUCCCGUAGAGAGUGAUUUACUCGGCUGUCGGUGUUUUAGCUGUAGCUGUACUGGUGAUCAAGUCCAAAAUGUCAAACACCUACUGAAUCUG